UCCGGCUGCAACUCAGCGUCCGCACGCUGUCGGUGUCGUCAGUGUAGAUUUGCUCGCUAUGGCGGAAGGACGAAGAGAGCAGCCGCCCCAUCCUCCCCUGUGCCUACCACCGGCCAGUAAGCGACCCUGCCUGCGCCCAGCUCCCCGGGGUCCCGGUCCCGGCCCCGGGCCCGGACACGGCUUAACCAACUUCCGACAUCGGUCCCCGGAGCCCCUCCUGGACUGUGCCGCGAAGGCAGUAGCGGAAAAGUGGGCCUUCGAAAGAGUAGAGGAGCGUUUUGAGCGGAUACCAGAACCCGUUCAGCGUCGUAUCGUCUACUGGUCUUUCCCCCGCAACGAGAAGGAGAUAUGCAUGUACUCUUCGUUUCAGUGCCGUGUAGCCGAAGAUGGUCCGUCGACGGCUAGCGGCGGGGCAGGGGGUGCUGGGUCCGGACCUACAAGUGCGGCUGGUGGCGGAGGAACGGCCACUGGUACGGCGGCGACAGCAGGAACGACCGGCGCCGUGGGAACGGGAGAUGCACUGCCUUUCCGCCGUGGGAUCAGGUUGCUCGAGACCGGCUGUGUGGAAAACGUUUUACAAGUCGGGUUUCACCUGAGUGGAACGGUAACCGAACCCGCCACCUCAUCGGAGCCGGAGGUCACCCACAAGGUAGCCAUCAGCUUUGAUCGUUGCAAGAUUACCUCUGUCACCUGUGGCUGUGGAAAUCGUGACAUUUUCUACUGCGCCCAUGUGGUGGCGCUGUCUCUGUACAGGAUCCGCAAGCCUGAGCAGGUGAAGCUUCGGUUGCCCAUCUCAGAGACAUUGUUCCAAAUGAACAGAGACCAACUGCAGAAGCUGGUCCAGUAUCUGAUUACAGCCCACCACACGGAGGUGCUACCCACAGCUCAGAAACUGGCCGACGAGAUCCUCUCAUCCAACUCUGAGAUCAACCAGGUUCACGGUGCUCCCGAUCCAACUGCCGGCGCAAGCAUUGACGAUGACAAUUGCUGGCAUCUGGAUGAAGAACAAGUCAGGGAACAAGUCAAGCAGUUUCUUUCCCAGGGAGGAUACUAUGGCUCUGGGAAGCAGCUCAACUCCAUGUUUGCCAAGGUGCGUGAGAUGCUAAGAAUGCGUGACUCCAAUGGUGCCCGUAUGCUGACUCUCAUAACAGAACAGUUUAUGGCAGACCCGCGACUUUCGCUGUGGAGACAGCAAGGCACAGGCAUGACGGACAAAUGCAGGCAACUUUGGGAUGAGUUGGGUGCAUUGUGGGUGUGUGUGGUGUUAAACCCCCACUGUAAAAGUGAGGAGAAGAGCAGUUGGCUCAAGCAGCUGAAGAAGUGGAGCGACAUGGAUGUGUGCCCGCUGGAAGAUGGCAACUAUGGUAGCGAGCUCCCAAACAUCACCAAUGCUCUGCCGCAGAGCAACCUCGGCCAGGACUCUCUGUCCAGGCCAAGGAGGACGGUGUUCAGCAGGGCUGUCGAGGCUUGCAAUCUCCACUGGCAGGGGAGCCACCUCCAGAGGAUCAUCAGCAGUGACUACUACAUGUCCCCAUCAUACCAGAGAGACGAGGAGAGUCUGCUAUUUAAUCCACAGGGACUGCCCCUCUGGCUUGACCACGUACCGACAGCAUGUGCUCGUGUAGAUGCCCUACGUUCCCACGGUUACUCCAGGGAAGCUUUGCGAUUGGCAGUGGCUAUCAUCAACACGCUGCGCCUCCUGCAGCAGCGUGAAAUGGAUAUCUAUAAACACCAAAAGAAAGAGCUUCUUCAGAGGGGCGUGACUACCACCACUAACCUGGAAGGUUGGGUAGGACACCCUCUGGACCCCAUUGGCUGCCUCUUUACCACACUCACCGAAACAUGCCGGGUCGAUGACGACAGCUCCAUGGACACCGGAGACGGUGAGCCCAGACGUCCAGUCUACCACCAUGUGCCAGUCUGGGGCAGUCAUGAUACAGGAGAGUCCUACCUGACACUUGCCUUAGAGGUGACUCUGAUGGGUAUGGGCCAACAAAGGAUAAUGCCAGAAGGCCUCUACGCUCAGGAUAAGGUGUGCCGCAAUGAAGAGCAAAUAGUUGCAAAGCUGCAAGAGCUAGAGCUGGAUGACGUACUGGUCCAAACCCUCCGGAAACAGGCCAUACAGUUACUAGAAGCUGGUCCUUUCAGUGGUCUAGGUGAAGUCAUCCACAGGGAAAGUGUUCCUAUGCACACUUUUGCCAAGUACCUCUUUUCUGCACUGCUGCCACAUGAUGCAGACCUGGCGUAUAAGGUGGCUCUCCGCGCAAUGAGGUUGCCAGUUCUGGAGUCAUCUGCAGGCUCUGGGGAUGUCGGUCACCCUCAUCAUGGCAUUUCCAUCGUUCCAAGUAGAUAUCCACGCUGGUUCACUCUAGGGCACUUGGAGUCGCAGCAGUGUGAGCUCGCUUCGACUAUGCUAACUGCUGCUAAAGGUGACAUGUUGAGAUUGCGGACGGUUCUGGAAGCCAUCCAGAAAAACAUCCACUCUUCUUCCUUAAUCUUUAAAUUAGCCCAGGAUGCCUUCAAAAUAGCUACACCUGCAGACAGCCCGCCUGAUAUAACUCUGCUCAAUGUGGCGUUGGAGCUAGGACUUCAGGUGAUGAGAAUGACUCUGUCCACUCUCAACUGGAGGAGGAGAGAGAUGGUCCGCUGGCUGGUAACCUGUGCCACUGAAGUCGGUCUUCGUGCACUGGUGAGCAUUUUGCAGAGCUGGUACACUCUCUUCACACCCACCGAGGCCACCAGUAUUGUUGCGGCGACCGUCAUGUCCCACAACACCAUCCUGCGCCUCAGUCUGGAUUACCCCCAACGAGAGGAGCUGGCCAGUUGUGCGAGGACGCUGGCGCUGCAGUGCGCUAUGAAAGACCCCCAGAACUGCGCCCUGUCAGCUCUGACGCUCUGCGAGAAGGACCACAUCGCCUUUGAGACAGCCUACCAGAUUGUGAUCGACGCGGCGUCCACCGGGAUGACGUACUCGCAGCUCUUCACGAUCGCCAGGUACAUGGAACACAGAGGGUACCCGCUGCGCUCAUUUAAACUGGCCUCCCUCGCCAUGACCCACUUGAACCUGGCUUACAACCAGGACACGCACCCAGCCAUUAAUGACGUUCUGUGGGCCUGUGCGCUCAGCCACUCCCUGGGGAAAAACGAGCUGGCCGCAAUUAUUCCCCUGGUGGUGAAGAGUGUGCACUGCGCCACCGUGCUGUCUGAUAUCCUCCGGCGAUGCACCAUGACGGCACCAGGUCUCGCCGGCAUUCCCGGCCGCAGGAACUCCGGGAAGCUGAUGUCGACGGACAAGGCGCCUCUGCGGCAGCUGCUGGACGCUACGAUCUCGGCGUACAUUAACACCACGCACUCUCGACUGACACACAUCAGUCCGCGGCACUACGGAGAGUUUAUUGAGUUCCUGAGCAAAGCACGGGAAACUUUCCUGUUGGCACAGGAUGGCCACAUUCAGUUUGCCCAGUUCGUAGACAACCUCAAACAAAUCUACAAGGGCAAGAAGAAACUCAUGAUGCUGGUCAGGGAGCGCUUUGGUUAAGUAGUAGUAGUUCGUCUUAUAUAUUUGUAUUUAAAAUUAUUUUGAAUUCCUUGUGUACUUCUUAAGUUGAGCCAUUUGUUGACUAACAUUUUUCCAGUGUGGUGGUUUUGUUUGUUAAAUGUGAACCAAGAAGUGUUCACAGCUCAUUGCUCUACUUCACUGAAACUGCUGAGGGACAAAUGGCUCAAUAUGUCAAAAAUCCGACAACAAAACACAGCUUCUUUGCCCCCCCCCCCCCCCCCCAGACGAAUGUUGAAUUACACAUACAAAAAAAAGUCAGAAGAUUGUGAAAAGCAGAAUUAGCAAUUUUUUUUUUUUUUUUUUGUGUGUGGCAUGUGAUACAAAAACCAAAAGAUUUGUUGGACAGGCUUCUUUGAGUCAAAAGAAAUUGGAAAGAAGUGGGGUUUGGAAAUAGGGAGGGGUGAACCCACGAAGGAUGAAAACAGGCACAGUGUUCCUAUCAUACCUCAACUGUAUUAUUUAUCAGCUUUAACCUCCCUGUUGACAAAUCGCCUCGUUUUAUUCAGGGCCUGUUCGCAGAGACGGCAAGCCACAACAACCGUGCGGUGAAAAAAAAUCCAAAGACCUGACCAAAUCCAGUGUAGACCAGCUCUCCCACAUCCAUUCAUUACAACAUUCAAGGACCACUUGGACUGAGGCUCAUGUUGCUUAAGAGCUGUUCUAGUUUAGGAUGCAUGCACAUGCAUACUAUAUAUAAUUUGGAAUAUAUAUGUUAAAGUUCUCCCUGUAAUCUAGGCGGUUUGGACAGUGUGACUAUUUCUCACACGAUAUUUCAAGAUUAAGCAAUAUACAGUGGGUAUGGAAAGUAUUCAGACCCCCUUAAAACUUUCACUCUUUGUUAUAUUGCAGCCAUUUGCUAUAAUCUUUUAAGUUGAUUUUUUUCCUCAUUAAUGUACACACAGCACCCCAUAUUGACAGAAAAAAAUGUGUGUUUUUGAAAUUUUUGCAGAUUUAUUAAAAAAGAAACUGAAAUAUCACACAGCCAUAAGUAUUCAGCCAUAUUCACCCUUUUGAGCUAAUACAAACAUGAGUCUUUUUGGGAAUGAUGCAACAAGUUGUUCACACCUGGAACAACUUGGGGAUCCUCUGCCAUUCCUCCUUGCAGAUCUUCUCCAGUUCUGUCAGGUUGGAUGGUGAGCAUUGGUGGACAGCAUUUUCAGUUCUCUCCAGAGAUCAUCAAUUGGGUUUAAGUCAGGGGUCUGGCUGGGCCAUUCAAGAACAGUCACGGAGUUGCUUUGAAGCCACUCCUUCAUUAUUUUAGCUGUGUGUUUAGGGUCAUUGUGUUGUUGGAAGUUGAACCUUCGGCCCAGUCUGAGGUCCUGAGCACUCUGGAGAAGGUUUUCCAAAACCACCCAAAAUACCGAGCAAAGGGUCUGAAUAUGUGUGAUAUUUCAGUUUUUCUUUUUUUACUAAAUCUACAAAAACUUCAACAAUUCUGUUUUUUGUUUUUUUUUUGUCAAUAUGGGGUGCUGUGUGUACAUUAAUGAGGGGAAAACAUCAACUUAAAUGAUUUUAGCAAAUGGCUGCAAUAUAACAAAGAGUGAAAAAUCUAAGGGGGUCUGAAUACUUUCCGGGCCCACUGUAUCGUCAAGCCUCUGCGUUUUUCUUCACCAAGCCGCAUUGUCUUUUUGUAUUCAGUUGUAAAGUUUGAGACAUAUUUGGGCCUUGUUGAUAUCAGCGAUUGCUCCCUCUGCCUGUAGCUAAAGUUCUCUUUCCGUCAUAACAUCUUUUGUGGGAACUUAAGAAUUUCCUAACUAAACUUCCUCUUUGAAACUAAUAUGUAGAGUUCCAACGUUGGUUGCUUGGUGACACUUCAAAAAGUGAAACAGAAUGGAAUUUGUUCCAAAUCAACAAAACAACUAGGGGGAAUAAUUCUAGGUUAGGAACACAUUUUCAUUAUAAUAGAAAAACCUAAAAAGGAAUCUUAAACAGCACUAACAAUAUAUGAACUAAUUGUAUCACACCAGGGAUGAUGUGCUUGUAAUAUGGCUUGGGCCAAAAGCUUUGACAUUUUGCUUGUAAAUUCAAUGUCACUCUUAAAGCAGUUCAUAUUUUAAUUUGAGCUGUUAUUGGCAUUAUUGAAACUUCUGUUCAUUCUGCAGCUAGAAACGCAACAUUAUACAAGCACUUCACACAAAUACCUCUUCAGUACGUUCCUGCCGGCUUCAGCAUUUAAUUCAUUUAUGUAUUGAUGUUCGCUAACUUUGUGUGACAAAGAAUGGCAGUCAUAAAUCCAGGGUGAUGUUGACAGGAGGAUUAACAAAAGUUUUUUUUUUUUUUUUUUUUUGCAUGUUUGCUUUAUUACAUUCCAUCAUAGGUGACAUCCUUCCACGUCACCAGAUCUUUUUUUUUUUUUUUUUUUUUUUUUAAUUGAAGAAACAAAAUGAAAAAGGAAACAAGAGGCUAAACAUAGUUCUCAGGGACAUCACUUAAUGAAACAAAACAAAAAAAAUAGUAGCAUUAAGCAUUUAAGAUAUUGUAAAUAUUAAAGUGUCAAUUCAGAAAUUUGUAAAAUUAUAAUUAUUUAUGAUAAGUAUGUUGUUUGUUUUUAUUUGUUUUUUUGGGGUGGGUGGGAGUGUACUUGAACUGUUUUGGAUGUGGGGUAUUCGACAGGCUUUUUUGUAAGAGCAAAGACUUUUCUCAGGUGCUCCAGUAUAAUUUCUGUUUUGCUAGAUUCACUAUUGUUUGUAUUUUUAUUGGUUUGUUUUAUUUUAUUUGAUUUGAUUUGCAAAGAAAAAAAUGUUUUCCCCAAAAAAAAAAAAAAAAAAAAAAAAACCAUGUAAGUUGAGGAAAAUGGGCACAGAUGCAUACUGUACUUAAACCUGACUAUGCAGAACCACUUGUAUGGGCUUUUAAAGAUGGCUUCCUAAAUGUGCAAGAUGAGAAACAUUGGACUGAACCACUAUUAGAGGUGGGCGGGGGAAGCAACCAAGCCGAGCUGCAGCCUGCUUUGCAAUUGGACAAUGCGCGAGUAGAUGACCUGGCUUCGUUGCAGCAUAUGGAUGAGAGAUCAAAAUGUAAACUGGGAAGAUGCCUUUCUGACCUAUCAAUGUACAAAGUUUAUUUUUGCUUGACUUCUUUGUGGGUUUUAUUCAAUCAGGACUCAAAAGCCUUUAGUGUCUUCAUGUGGUGGAGCUUGUUUCAGAGAGAGCAACACCUAAACAUCACAAAAAGCAACUAUGAACAAAUGGGACGGCCUUUGGGAUGACCACAGUUCCUUGCUGUUAGAUUUCUGUCAAUUUGUUUGGUCAUGGGCCCAUUCCUCACACCAAUGAAUUAGCCUUGCUGUGUCCAACUUUAUUAAACAUCGGUGAAAUUGAUGCUCUGUGGUAGACUUGAUUUAACCCAAUGCUGCGUCAUCGAUAAGGUGGAAACUUCCGCGCGAAGAAAACAUCCAUUAAAAGAGCACGUGACUGCGACACGUACUUGCAGCAGUUAAGUUGCUUGAACAGGAAGCUCCAAUAAGCUGCCUUUACUGUGUUCCAGCUUGCAAAACGGACAGCAUCGUGACUUCCUCCCUCUAGUUUUGUCUGUUUACACUUGCAGAAGGAAGAGGAGCUUAAGCCCCCCCCCACACACACACACAAACCAUUAAUUUGUUUUCGUAGGAGAGUACUAUUUGCUGGUAGAAUUUAUUCACUAGGUCACCCACUGUUUUCCCGUUUGUUUUGUUUCGGAUUGUUUCUAACUUAAGGGAAUAUUGAAAGUGUUUGUUGCCUCUUUGUGCUACUGAUUAUAAAAAGGUAUUUCCAGUAUUUGUUGCCACAAAAAUAUGAUAGCUUAACAUCAACACUUUUUUUGCUUUUUGUUUUUUUGUGCAAAUUCUUGAGCUACUGUCUAUAAAGCGCAAAUUUAUUACUAUUUAUGUAUCGCUACUACCAUUUUAUAUUGAUUUGUGUUGGACUCUCAGUGCUUUUCUAUGAAUAAAGUGUGAAACACGUUA